AUUAACCUACAGAUAUUUCCCUAACAAGUCCAGGUUAAUCAUCAUACUAAAAGUAGUUUUGGCUCCGUUUUCUAUAUUUUUCCUGUUAAGUAUGGAAACUAAGCUAUCUUUUAACAUGUUGAUGACAUUCGUUGGUCUUCUCGUUAUUUUUGUACAAAUAGUUCUCCUUAGAUAGUGCCAUAAUUGGUACAGGCACACUAUAUGUGAACCCUACCUGAGAAGAAAAAUUCAUGAAAUUCUAAGAACCUUCGUACCAAUUUGUACGAUAAUAAAAAAAAUCCCCAGAAGAGUCAUGGCAGAGCAGGUUUUUGUUGCGCCGAAGUCACUGUGACUUAUUGCUAACAAAUUAGUAUUUACUUGUUAGAAGUAAGUCACAGUGCCUUCUGUGCAAUCAAAACCUUCGCUGCCGUAACUCUUCUGUGACAAGUGCAUUACUUGGGAAGGAAACUAUGAAUUUCUUAAAGUAAUCCCUGGAAGAAUUCUAGAAAAAAAUCUCAAAGAAGCUUGAGAAUGUAUUUCUGGCAAAAUUUCUUUAAAAUCCCCUGAAAGAUUUUCUGACGGAAUUUUUAAAAGAAUGCCUGAUGAAGUUUGUAUAAGAAAUUUUUGAGGAAUUUCUGAGGUUAUCCAUUGAUAAUUUUUGAAUAUAAAUCCUUCGAUGAGUUUUUGAAGAAAUCUCUCAAGGAUUUUUGAAGCAGUCCAUGGAAGAGUUUCUGAAGAAAUUCAUGGAAAAUUUUUAAAAAUAAUCUUUAGAUAAAUUUUGUAGGAAUAUCUGGUAAAAUAUCAGCAAUUCCCCAUAGGAAACUGAAGCUCUGACUCAUGGAGAAAAUUUCCGAGUGAAUCUCGGAAACAUUUUUUUAGAGAUCUCUCUGAGGCAUUUCUGGGAAAAUUUGUGGGGUAUUCCUUGAAUAUAUUUAGAAAGAAAUCCCGGGAUGGAUUUCCGAAAGAAUUCCGGAAAUAUUUAUUUAAUUUCGAAAGAUUUCUGUCGGACUUUUCAGAGGAAGUCCCAUUAUCAUAGUGUUCUGUGGCACCCGCGGGGUACCACAAAAUUGGAAAACAGUUAAAGGUAUUUUUUCUUAUAUUUAGGAGGAGAAAUCUCCAAUACAUUUAAAAGCAAAAACAAUUCUUACAUUGUUACAUUGAAAAUGCAUUAACAUUUCAUUUCUACGAAUAUCGUUGUUAGCAAAAAAAUAAAAAUUGAUAUGUAGCUUGAAAUGAGCUCACCAAUUGAUAUGCACUAUCGAUCGUUCCAUCACAGGCAGUAAGAGAAGUAAAUCUUGUCAUCACCUACUGUUUGGAACGAAGCACAAUCCGAAUUUUUUUCCUUUAUCUUGGGGAUUUUUUUUUUAUUACCGCACGGGUUUGGGCCGAAGGGUCUCAGAUUUUCAUGAAGUUUUUUCACCAGGCAGGGCUCAUGGAUAUAUGAACAAAAAAAUUGCCUGUUUUCCCGGAAAACUCAGGUGGAAAUUUUUUGUUUUCCCCUUACACUACUUACUUUGAAAAAUCAUAACGCAAUAACGAAGCAUCGUAGAAACAAUUUUUUUAGAAAAUGGAAGCAAAUUUUCUCAGGAAUCAAAAAAAUAUAUGAACUGGAAAAAGCUUUCCACAAAAUUUUCCACUGUUGAGAAAAUUCGUAAAGAAAAGCCGAGAAAAGUAUGCCCGAACUCGUGGAAAAUUUUUGAAAAAAUAUUUUUGAGAAGGUUAUUUUAUAAGCUUUAAUCGCUGAAAUUUUUGUAAUGCACUUUUUUCGUUUUUGAGUUAUGGCCAAUUUUGUUAAAAAAUGUCCAAAUGUGCCAUAAAACCCUUUUCUACCCCUUUUUUACCUUCUCAAAAAUAUUUUUUUAGAAAAUUUUCCACCUUUUCGGACAUAGUUUUUUCCGGCUUUUCAAUAUGAAUUUACUCAACGGUGGAAAAUUUUGUGGAAAACGUUUUUCACCAUAUUUUUUUGAAUUCCUGAAAAAAUUUGCUUUCAUUUUCAUUAAAAGUAUUUGUUUCUACGAUGCUUCGGUCUUGAGUUAUGAUUUUUCAAAGUAAGUAGUGUCAAAGGGAAACAAAGAAAUUCCACCUGAGUUUUCCGGGAAAAUAGGCGACCCUGAAUUUUUCUCAAUUUUUUUUGUUCAUAAAUAUAUCCAUGAGCCCUGCCUGUGGAAAAAAAAAUCAUGAAAAUCUGAGACCCUUCGGCCCAAUUUGUACGAUAAUAAAAAAAAGCUCUCUUUCCACACGAUAAACUACACACACGCGAGAAUUAAUUAAAAAAAAAAAUGGCAACUGUGUGGAUCUGAAGUAUUGAAUUCAAAGGUAGCCUCAAAAUAGCUUUCCUCAGCCUGUAUGUAUUUAUUGGAAACUUUUCAAAAUAUUAGUGUGGCCAGUGCUCAAACUUGCUUGGGACUAUAUUUUGUAAGUAAUCAUAGUUAAUAUUGUUCCUCACGUUAAUGUAGAAUAAAUAACGCACAGUUUCAAAUUGAUUUGUUUUUAUAACCCGGUGUGUGUGCGAGUAUUCGUUUACUUUUAUUAAAUGUGUGAUAAUUUUUAUUCCUAACCAUUUAGUCUAAUGGUCAUUUUUAGAGAUCAAUAAUAUGUUUAAAGUUCGAUUCAAAGCCGUAUCCAUAUUUCAUAAGGUCGAAAUCCAUGAAUUUUCAUCAAACCAUUUAUCUGGGUGUUCAGUUAUUCCGGCAGCAUUAGUUAAUUGGCAGUUUAUGGAAAUCUUCUAGCAGCAUGUUUCGGCUUUUUCACAUUUAAUUACAAUUAAGAAGCACCGCACCACCACACCGGACGGACCAAGGGGGAGGGAAGUUCUUGACAGUGCAGUGGCACCACGUUCGUGUUGUCGAGCGAGAGGUACCUAUGUUUUACGUGGAAAUUAGCGUUUAAGUUUGCGUCGAUCUCGUUUGGUUCCCAUCAGCACAAGAAGAAACCGAAAUAAAAAAAAAGUGAACGAUAACCGAAAAGUAGUGCGCCGGGCGUAGGUGUAUUACAGUCAGUGUGAAAAAGUUUUUGGAAGCCGGCCCAGUAGAAUGGCGUCCGAUGGUGCAGUUUUUCGAAAGCUAGUCAGCUGCGCGCUGGUCCUAUCACUGGCGCUGCUGGACCGGGGCUCGUGUGCCAGUUUAUCGAACGGUGGCGGCGGCAGAGGCGAUGGCCGAGGCGAUGGCAGAGGUGAUGGCGAAAGUACCGUUGGUGAAUCGGUCUCGUCAUCGAAGUUGGUCACCGGGCCGACGCUGGGCAGUUUGUAUCGGAGCACCCGGGACGAGUAUGGGCGCUAUGGGCGGGACCAGAGGUGCAUCAGCUGCGGCGGCGGAGGCUACGCCGGAGGAGGCGGAGGCUAUGCUGAUCGGGAUAUGAGAACGUACGGCGGAAGGCCCGGUGGUGGCGUCUAUGGGUACUACAGCGGACGGGGGUCAAUCUACGACGAUAGGAACUGGUACUAUCGACCGGAGGUUUAUGACGACCGCUACCGAGGGGGCGAUAGAUACACCAACAUGAUGAUGGGCUAUGACGAUCGCUACAUGUACCAGAUGAGCCCGGCGAACCGUUACGAUGACCGAUACUAUCCGAUGUCCACCCGUGGCUACUACGAUAACCGCGGGGAGCAGCGAAUGCCCGUGGGUGGUGGCUACUAUCCCCCAGCGGAAACCGGUGGAAUGCGCGGCUACGGCUACCGCGGUAAUGGUUACGACAAUCUCGAUCCACUUUACGAGCAGUACAUGACGGCAGCUCGCGGAGGCCUCAGCAACUACAACAACAACCGAGAUCGCUACUAUGGAACUUCCGGUGGAUAUGGUGGCUACGGAGCGUACGAUCACAAGAACUUCCGGCCGUGGGACGAAACGUACAGCCGUCCAUCACCACCAUCAUCAUCAUCGCCAUCUGCCGGUGGCCCAUCGCAGCAUCAAUACCAUCCCUCGGCACCGUCAUCCCCCUCAUCAUCCCAGCACCACUACCAGCAGCAGCAACCAUCAUCUCAAGGGGUGCCAACGGGUCCAGCGGGAACCUAUUCCAGCGGUGCGAUCGGAUUCCACGGCGGACAGGACCGGCCCGAUGCAGGCCGACCAUGCUGUUCCGAGUGCUGUGGCCCUAGCAACUCCAACCGGUAUCCACCGGGUCCAACCGGAACCGGUCCCGGAUACCAUCAAGCACCGUCGCCGCCGCAGUAUCCCCCGCAACAGCACCAACAACACCAAUAUGGUGGCGGCGACCGACCCGAUAGUCACGGACGGCCGGGGGCCUGGAACUAUCUGAGUGGGGGUAGUGCCACCGGAGGACAGGACUACCACCAGGGUGCGUCGGCAGCAGGGAGUGCGUCGCAUUCACAGCCCGGCCAGGAUUACGGCAAUCGAGGUGGUUAUCAGCAACAGCAGCCACAGCCGCAGCAGCCUCAGUCACACUAUCAACAGCAGCAGCAGCAGCAGCAGCAACACAGGCCUGAUGCCAGCAGCGGAGGCAGCGGGGAUCGGCAGCAAAACACUGCCUAUGGUUCGCGUCCCUAUCAGCACCGUCCGUCCAACAGCCUAGGCGCCACCAGCUACCUGAUGGAUCGGGAAACCGGCGAUUCCGUCACUGCCAGCGAACUCCACUCGGAGGAUAGUGGCGCCCUUGGCGGUGCCGGUGCUGGUUCCGGAUCCCUCCCCAGCAGUUCCUCUUCGUCCAACGAUAGCAACGACGGUAAACCGGCGGCCAGCGCCGUCGGCGAGCACCCACCGAAAAGCAAUGAAUCCUAAUAAUCCGCGAUGAGCGCGAGAAAUGACUCUAAAAUGACUAAUGGAAACUUGAUCCCAGGCUAAACGACCAAAGGACGACGAUGAGGAAUGAUAUCCGAUUUUAGGUUUAGUGAAGAGAUGACUAUAAGAACUCGAAUAAAUUUAAGAAGAGACGACAGUUUACUUUGCUCUGAGGGCAGCUAUUACGACAGGGGCGUAACAGAAGAAGUUGAAUGAAAGUGUAUUCAAUUUUCCUUCAGAUAAAUCGCAAUAUACUAGUAUUUCUCUAUUAAAAUGAACAUAGGGUAAAUUUUAGCACCUAAGGUAGUAUACUAUAGAUUAAGGCAAAGUAAAAUAG